CUUCCACCUGCGGACACACUGCGGCCAUGAUUGUGAUAAGGGAGCCAUAAAAAGCUGAGCAAAAAAUCCCCAAAACAUGCUGCUUGGCAGCCGAAUCUCCAGUCAAAAUGAGCGAAUCUCUUGAUAAGACCACCAGCCCGAGUUCGGCCGGCUCGCGGGCCACGCCCCCGGGGGCGGAGGAGGAUCGGGACGAGGGCCACGACGUCAGCGACACCUUUUACACGAGCCAGCGCAAAAAGGGCAGUCACGUUUUCCGGGUUCGCCUGGACGCCACGGGAUUCACCUUGCAGCGGGAGUCACCGGGCGGCAGCAUCGUCAAGGAGCAGCGGGUACGGAUCGGUGACAUAGUGGGAGCUCGCUGCAUGCGGCCCAAAAAGAGCCGACGUUUGGUGAUGUCGGGAGCCUGUGCCUGCAGCUCCGGCAACCCCAAUUCGCCGGCUAUCUCAGCUUCCGGGGACCACCAUCGAUCGGCCACAACGCCCAGCAAAUGUAGCGCAAACAGCAGGGAGAACCUUCCCUCCGAUGGCGGCGACGUCAGCGCUUUUCUCUACGUCUUCGCUUAUGUCCUGAAGAAAAGGAGCCUACGGUCGGAGCUGCACCGCGAGCGAACGGUACUGACCCUGCGAUUCAGGUCCUUCGACACCUUCGAGGACAACAUGCGGGAAGCAGACCGAUGGUACAGGUCCCUACGCUGGCAGCUGCACCGCACGCUGGAGGAUAUCUUUGUGGCUCCUGCAACAGAUGAGCGGCGCCGCAGGAUCCUGGUUCUGCUUAAUCCGAAAUCCGGCUCAGGCGACGCCCGCGAGGUUUUUAAUAUGCACGUGACCCCAGUGCUCAACGAGGCCGAGGUGCCCUACGACUUGUACGUGACCAAACAUUCCAAUUUUGCGAUCGAGUUCAUGAGCACAAAGUGCCUGGAUGCCUGGUGCUGCGUGGUGGCCGUUGGCGGAGAUGGCCUCUUCCACGAGAUAAUCAACGGCCUGCUGCAGCGGCAGGACUGGGCCCACGUCCUGCCUCACUUGGCCCUCGGCAUUAUUCCGUGCGGUUCCGGCAACGGACUGGCCAGGUCCAUUGCCCACUGUUACAAUGAACCGUACUUCACCAAGCCAGUGCUUGGUGCUGCUUUGACCGUGAUCAGUGGUCGCAGCUCUCCGAUGGACGUAGUCCGCGUGCAGCUGCAGAGCCGCUCCGUCUACUCCUUCCUAUCCAUCGGAUGGGGCUUGAUUUCGGACGUGGACAUCGAGAGCGAGCGCAUCCGGUUGUUGGGCUACCAGCGCUUCACCAUCUGGACGCUGUACCGCCUGGUCAAUCUGCGCACUUACAACGGUCGCAUCAGUUACCUGCUGACGGAGGAGCAGGGCUCCUCGAGCCACAGCCACAGCGGCUACGCUGGCCAGCGGAGGAUACAGAGCAGUCGAAGCUGCAACACGCACGUCGAUCUGCUGACGGGGGCGGUGCCCAGCUACCAUUCCAGUGCCGAGUACCUGCCUCAGGAGUUCGCGGACGUCAUUUCCCUGGAGACGUCCGUCAACCAGUCGUUCCGAUCGAGGUGCGACAGCUGGCUGUCGGGGGGCUCGCGACGCAGCUUUUACUAUUCCAUAUCGGAGAGCAUCUACCACAGUCUGGCGGACGAGAGCGAGUUCACCGGCCUGGCUGCCGCCUCGCUGGAGAACAGGCAGCAGAAUUAUGGGCCCACGAGCGAACUUCCCGACCUGGACGAACCGCUGCCCGAGGACCAGGGCUGGCUGGUGGAGGAGGGCGAGUUUAUCAUGAUGCACGCCGUUUAUCAGACGCAUCUGGGCAUCGACUGCCACUUUGCGCCCAAGGCUCGACUGAACGACGGAACCAUCUACCUGAUUCUCAUCCGCGCCGGCAUCAGUCGGCCGCACCUGCUGAGCUUCCUCUACAACAUGAGCUCCGGCACCCAUCUGCCGGAGGUGAGCACCGAGUGGGUAAAGGUGCUGCCGGUGCGAGCCUUUCGCCUGGAGCCACUCGACAAUCACGGCAUCAUCACUGUCGACGGGGAGCGAGUCGAGUUCGGGCCUCUUCAAGCAGAGGUCCUGCCGGGCAUAGCCCGUGUCAUGGUGCCCAACUAGGAGAACCACUCCCCGUGGGACGAAGACCUUUAAGCAAUAGAAAUCUCAACUUAGGAAUCUCUGCAUUUGUAAUACUUAGGGCCUCAGACGGCCGAGAUGACGUUAUGCAUUCUUCGAAUUUUGGUUUUUCUGUUUCUAUGUGGCUUGCUUCUGCCAACCAAUUAAGUAUUGUUAACGUUUUUUAUCAAAUCUGCAGUUAUGUACGAAGUAUUACCAUGUAUAAAAAGAUAUAUGCCAGAAAAAGUAAACCUUUCGAUUUUUGUAUCUCAACUGUUUUAAAUAGUCAAAAAGUAUGAAACUCAAAAGGUUUAUUGUGUGUGAUUUGGGAACUGCGAAUCAAAGUUUCACAUAAAUUGGAAGUAUUACAACAUUAAAAAAAAAUUCUUAAAAGUUAAUUAUAUACUACUUUCCCAGUUCUCUUUAAAACGACAUAAAUAUAAUCUUGAAUGAAUUUACUUUUUAAGAAAUUUAGCAACAUUUAGAAAAGCAAAGAAUACCUUGAAAAUUUGUGAGGCGUAUUGAAAUCGAGUGAAUAAAAUAAUUGAGCUUA